AUGCAGAUCCUAGUAUUAGUUGUUGGAUUAAGUGCGAUCCUUGGCAACAUAACUACUGAGAAGGUAUCACCACGACCAGGUCUAAAAUCCUUCAGAGAUGACUAUGACAGCAUAGCCAAAACAUGUGUAGCUGUUGGAUAUGUCAAAGAAAACUGCAAAAAUAACCGAGAUAGAAGAAACAUGGUCAUUGCAUUUAAUGCUAAAGCCAAAGGAGGUGUCCAGUCCGUAAGUAGUGGAAGCAUUGUCAUGUUUGGAAACGUUGAUUUGAAUAUAGGAGGAGGUUUCAACGCAAUUAAAGGGAUUUUUACCGCCCCCAAAUCGGGUGUUUACGUCUUUGACUGGACAGUAUUGACGGGGCACAGUAAAACCGCCUACACUGCUCUUUAUUUAAAUG